AUGGAGGCUCUUGGCGCCGUCGCUAGCUGCUUAACACUUCUAGAGGUGUCACUCAAAGCCUUGGGCUUUGUGAGGCAGAUCUCCGAGGUCCAGGAGGACUUUGCAAACCUGAGAGAAGAGGUAGGUGCCCCGUGGGGGACGGUUGUUGUAGGGAUUUCUCUAAGAAACAAGCCACAAGAUCAUUACGAUCAAUACUCUUACCCAGGACCUGCAAUCUCUGCCAGUUCUUUUUCCUCGCAAUCCAUCCUCCCCAAAGGUAGCUGAACCAAGAUCAAUCUUCCGAGCAGCUAGCCAGUUGCGACAAAUUAAGGAUGACCUCGAAGAUAUCUCCGCGUAUUGCGCAGUCAAUCCGAACAACGGGGCCGCAUCCCUAGCAAGGAAGCGAAAAUGGGUGCUGAAGCAGAACAGAAUAUCCAAGCUUCUUGUCAAGGCCCGCGACGCUAAAGAAAAUCUCCAAGUAGCCGUUAAUCUUCAUCUUGCUACUGUAUUAUCCCUUCAAUCCAUAGCAAAGAAUAUGUGA